AUGGUAUCUGUACGCUGGAGACGACGAGAAGCUUCGAGCUCUCCAACGCAGGCCGACUCGAAUGACGCCAGUCAAACAGCCUUCGUGACCAAGGGCAACCUCCAAUAUGCCGUCGAGAAGGGGCAGAACAACAGCGGAGUCUCGUACCAGGAAGUCUCUGGCGCACCUGUUGAAACACGGUCGACCCUGGGUUAUCAUGUCGGUCCCAUCACGAUCAUUUUCCUCAACCUGUCCAAGAUGGUGGGCACAGGUGUAUACUCCACACCAGCCGCCAUCCUUGCGGGAACAGGAAGCGUCGGGUUGUCGCUUAUAUAUUGGUUCAUCGGCUUUUUGAUAGCGGCGUCUGCUCUCUCGGUCUACCUCGAGUAUGCAGCAUACUUCCCCAAUCGCUCAGGGAGCGAGGUUGUAUACUUGGAGCAGGCGUAUCCCCGGCCGCGUUACCUCUUCCCGAUCACAUUUGCCAUCCAGACUGUUCUACUAUCUUUCAGUUCGUCCAACGCCAUCGUCCUGGCUCGGUACCUCUUCCGAAUCAACGGCCACAGUCCAAGUGACUGGGAAUUGAAAGGUGUCGCGGUCGCCGGGUACACUGUGGCAUUUCUUCUGGUGGCUUUCAACACGCGCAUCUCUUAUCACAUCUCUAACGCCAUCGGGCUCGUCAAACUGGUGACGCUGGUCUUUGUCGGAAUUACAGGACUUGUGGUCUUGGGCGGUCACACCCGUGUCAAGGAUCCUACCGCCAACUUCCAUAACGCCUUUCACUCAGCCACUGGCACUUCGGCGUACGGGAUUACCAAUGCCCUUGUCAAGAUUGUUUUCUCGUAUGCCGGCUAUGAGAAUGCUUUCAAUGUCGUCAAUGAGGUCAAAAACCCUGUUCGGGCUAUCCGCACCUCCGGUUCGAUCUCGCUAUUGGUGGUCGCUGUCCUGUACAUGCUUGCAAAUAUUGCAUACUUUGCGGCGGUGCCGAGGGAAGAGCUGCUGAAUUCGACACAAAUCGCUGCCAGCUUGUUCUUUCAGCACGUCUUUGGGUCAAGCGGCGCAGUUCGGGGGCUGAAUUUUCUUAUCGCACUGAGUGCUUUUGGGAAUCUUAUUGCUGUUCUUUUGGGUCAGAGCAGGUUGAUCAGGGAAUGCGGCCGGCAAGGUACUCUCCCGUGGGCGUCGUUCUGGGUUUCGACAAGACCCUUCGGAACUCCCCUGGGUCCAUAUUUCGUAAAGUGGGCUUCGACGAUGCUGAUGAUCCUGGCACCACCGGCAGGAGACGCCUUCAACUUUGUCGUCGACCUCAGCAACUAUCCCAGUUCCUUCUUCAUUUUCCUCAUGGCUCUUGGUUUGUAUUUGGUGCGUCAUCGGCGCAAGAAGCUUGGUGUGCCAGCGCUGUCACCAAAGGAAGGAGGCUUCAAGGCCUGGGACGUGGCUGUCCUGUUUACAAUUGCUGUCAAUCUGUUCAUGCUUGUGAUGCCUUGGUAUCCACCAACGACGGGUGCAACAGGCGGCGAUGUUAGCUUUUGGUAUGCAACAUAUGUCGUCACCGGGAUUGGAAUUAUAAUCGCUUGCUUCGUCUAUUACGCCUUCUGGGUAUGGAUCUUACCGCAUUACCGUGGCUAUAGGAUUCGACACGAGAAGCUGUUCCUGGAGGGCGGCGAAGUAACGCAUAAGCUGGUAAAGGUACCUUUGCACCAGCUGGAGCUAUGGGAUCAAACGCAUGAUGCAUACGGCCGCAGGCUUAUCCGUGAAGGUUCGAGUGACGAAGAGGGAUCUGUGGCAGGGAGCCAGGAGAAGUCGACCCUGGUGGCAGAGAAAUGA